CCAUUUAUGCAUGACUCUUACAGUCCAGGUGUACGAUUUGUGUACCAAUUCCAAAUAUUCUCUUGCAAUUAGUACUGGAGCAAACUUUCCAAAUAUGCUUUAUGGAAACUGAAUCCGGACCUCGGCUGGCUCGUAAUUGGGCCUCGCUUCCCUCUGUUUCCUUCCAAACCAUACUCCCAAGUUUGGUUCUCUCUCGUCUUCUUUUCUUCUUAAGAGCAAUGGUGAGGUCGGUGGUGGCGCCGAGGAGGUCGAUACGGGAGGCGGUGCACCACAGCGUGUUCGCCUACAAGGGAGGCGGCGGAGGCGGGAAGCAGCAGCCGCGGCGGUGCUCGUUCUAUGUAGGCGCCGCCGGUGGCAGUGGAGGGGACGAGGACGGAGCGGCCGCGUGGGGGGCGGAGGACGAGUGCACGAUGGAGCUGGUCCAGCUCGGGGCGGACCGCCCCAAGAACGUGCUCGUCCUCAUGAGCGACACCGGUGGCGGCCACCGCGCCUCCGCAGAGGCCAUCCGCGACGCCUUCCGCCUUGAAUUCGGAGACGAAUACAGGGUCUUUGUGAAGGACUUGGGCAAAGAGCAUGCGGGUUGGCCGCUGAACGACAUGGAGAGGGCCUACAAGUUCAUGACGAAGCAUGUCUCCCUCUGGAAGGUCGCUUUCCAUAGCACCUAUCCUCGUUGGGUUCAUUGCUCCUAUCUCGCCGCCCUUGCUGCCUUCUAUGCUAGGAAGGUGGAGGCUGGUCUGAUGAAGUACAAGCCAGACAUUAUCAUAAGCGUGCAUCCCCUCAUGCAGCACAUACCUCUAUGGGUUCUCAAAUGGCAGAGCCUUCAAAAGAGAGUCGUUUUUGUCACUGUCAUCACGGACCUCAACACCUGCCACCCGACGUGGUUCCAUGCUGGUGUGAACAGAUGCUAUUGCCCUUCGGAGGAGGUGUCGAACAGGGCUUUGUUAGAAGGCCUAAAGCCUUCUCAGAUCCGUGUCUUUGGUUUGCCGAUUCGACCAUCCUUCUGUCGUGCAGUUUUAAACAAGGAUGAUUUGAGAGAAGAACUGGAGAUGGACCCUCAUUUGCCUGCAGUUCUACUGAUGGGAGGUGGUGAGGGAAUGGGUCCAGUCAAGAAGACUGCAAUGGCUUUAGGAGAAGCCCUGUUUGAUGAAGAGCUCGGCAAACCUAUAGGGCAGAUUGUUGCCGUAUGUGGCCGCAACCAGAUACUGAGUUCCACAUUGCAGUCAAUUAAGUGGAGGGUCCCUGUGAAGAUUAGAGGAUUUGAGACCCAGAUGGAGAAAUGGAUGGGUGCUUGUGAUUGUAUCAUAACAAAGGCAGGGCCUGGUACAAUUGCUGAGGCAUUGAUCAGGGGACUUCCUAUUAUCCUCAAUGACUUCAUACCUGGACAGGAGGUUGGAAAUAUCCCAUAUGUAGUAGAUAAUGGAGCUGGACUAUUCUCCAAAAGCCCCAAGGAAACAGCCAGCCUUGUUGCUCGGUGGUUUGGCCCUGACAGAGACGAGCUGAAGAAAUUCUCAAGGAAUGCACUCAAACUGGCACAACCUGGUGCGGUGUUUGAUAUCGUGAAGGACAUACACCAGCUCCUGGUCCAGCAGCGUGGGCCGAUGGCCGGGUCACAAUUAUCAUUGAGGCAUCUCUAAAUUGAGAAGGUUUCAACGAAUAACUGACUCCAAGCAGCUGCCUAAUUCCUCUGUCUAUGAUCUAUUUGCUUUGUCGCUCAUAACAACUCCAAGUUAAUUAAGCAAUCUUACGCUGCAUCAGAAUACCUUACCUCAGCCUUCUUAUUGCUUUCUCCUUAAUCCAACAUUGAUCUGCUGCAAUAGUAAAUUUUCUUAUUAGAUACUUCACACUGUACAAUCAUGUACUCUGAUCACUUAAUUCCUACCAGCAGACUCCUCUUCUUGCACCGCUCAGAAAGAUCCUCACCAUCGCUCACAGUCACCACAAGUACUUGUAAUCAUCUUAGUCUAAUCUCCAUCUCCGUUGAGGUGCAACUACUAAACUACCUUUUGGAUAAUAGCUUACACCUAAGCUCUCCCUAUC